AUGGCCACCCUGGGCGUGGAGGCCAGCGUGGCCUCGGGGGCCCAGAGUGGAGCGGACUGCUCCGAGCCCCCCCCGCCCCUGGUGGGCCAGGCCGGCCAAGAGUUUGUGCAGAACACGCUGAGCACGCACGACCCCCUGGAGGCCAUCGCCGAGAUACAGAGGCGGGGGGGCCUGCCAGACCCGCGCUGCGCCCCCCUGCUCGGCCUCCUUGACCAGCUAGGGGUCUCACGGUCUGAGGCCUGCCGUCAUGUGCUGCAGUCCGCCAUGCGCGACCUGCUGGCGCGGGUGGAAAGCAUGGGGCCCGAUGCGCUGCUGGGCCUGCUGGAGCUCUCCUUCCCCUUUGUGGGCCUGGCCGAGCUGCGCGCGGUGCCCCUGGCGGCCGGCCAAGAGUUUGUGCAGAACACGCUGAGCACGCACGACCCCCUGGAGGCCAUCGCCGAGAUACAGAGGCGGGGGGGCCUGCCAGACCCGCGCUGCGCCCCCCUGCUCGGCCUCCUUGACCAGCUAGGGGUCUCACGGUCUGAGGCCUGCCGUCAUGUGCUGCAGUCCGCCAUGCGCGACCUGCUGGCGCGGGUGGAAAGCAUGGGGCCCGAUGCGCUGCUGGGCCUGCUGGAGCUCUCCUUCCCCUUUGUGGGCCUGGCCGAGCUGCGCGCGGUGCCCCUGGCGGUGCUGGAUCGCCUGCACCCCGUCCCCGCCAGCUUCCUCAAGCAGCUCACCGCCGACGGCGCCCUCUUCCGCGAGCUGCCCCUGGGCGUCCAGCGCCAGGUCUGGGACCUGGACCGCAAGCUGCUCCAGGCCCAUGCACUGCCCCUGGUCCUCGGCUACGCGCACGAGACGGCCACCCGCCUGACGCGCAUGGUGGGCGGGGGCCGCCAGAUCUACCGCGGCCUGGCGGAGCUGUGCGCCGCGCGCUUCCGCGACGGCGAUGCGCUGUACGUGGGCGUGCCGGAGGCCGCGCUGUGCACGCUGCGCUCCCAGCUCCUCAUGGCCCUGCACGACCUGGGCCAGGCGGAGCUCUGCUCCCGAGACCCCUGCCACAAGCUGGCCUGGACGCUGGAUGCCUGCCUCAUGGAUAAGCGCCUGGACUCGCGGCGGCUGCAGGAGAUCGGCAACUUCUUCGUGCGGUUCGAGGAUCACGCCCCCUUUGCGGCCAGGGCAGGCAGCUCACGGCGUGGUCAUAGGGGGGCCCAGCAGCAAAGAUCACAGCGCUCCGGGAGCCGGGCCUGGGAGGAUGAUGCGGAGAGUUCGGGCGCGCCGGGGGCGUCUGCGGCACUGGACCCCUUCCAGGAGCUGGGGGAUGCGGGGAUGGUGCUCAGAGACCCCUCAACCCUCCACCUCAUUGUGCACAAUAUCCUGCAGCACGUUUCGGCGGCAGUGGAGGAGGAGCGGCAGCCCAAGGACGAUGCCGAGCUCGUUUUGCUGACCCGCCUCCUGCAGCUGGCAGUCGGCUGCCGUGCGGGCCUGCGCCAGGGCCGAGUGGUGUAUGCAGAGGCCAGCCCAGAGAUCAUGACCACGCUAUACCCCACGCUGGCCAACUUGAUGCUGGAGGCAGCCCUGCAGACGGAGGCGGCGGCGCUGGAGACCCUGACGCCCCUCCUCAGCAGGAGUGAAGCUGUGCGGAAGGUGGCGCAGAUGUUCCUACUGGAGCGGUUGGAGGAGCGGGACCUCCUCACGGCCACUCUUCUGCUGCAGACCAUGGCGAGUGCCUCGGUGGCGGGGGCCAUGGAGACCAUGACCGACAAGUCCAUCCCCGAGUUCGCGCCCUUUGGCUUCUCUCUCGCCCGCCAGCUGACCAUCCUGCUGACAGGCACGGGCAUGGAGGGCGCGGUGAAGGUGGAGGAUGGGAUCUGGCAGCUGGCGGUAGACCGCGUGCUCGUCAAGCUUGUCGACUCCGAGACAGCGGUGCACGAGGAGGUGCUGCGCCUCCUGCUGGCAGCGUCCUCCCAGAUCCCGCUGCUCCCCCUGGCCAACUACCUGCACCACACGCUGAGCAACAGCAGAAAAAGCCGCAAGAGGUUCAAGAAGAGGAAGCUGGUCAGCCUGGAGCUGGAACCCUGGUCAGAGUAUGCAGGCGCGGCCUCCGAGCCUGCCUACUCGGACGGCUACGCCUCUGCAGGCUAUACCAGCGCCGGGUAUGCCAGCCAGGGUGACGACACGGAGAUGGGGUCCAGGGGCGCAGACGGCAUCCGCGCCACCUACGUCCUGUUUGCGCAGAGGGUGCCUGGCCUGAAUGCGACCACCGCCCCAACCUUGCAUGCAUAUCUGGAAGCCGGGUGA